AUGCUCUCUGGUCUCACAGAAAAUCUCUCAGCACUCGUCGCCAGACGGUUCGCUGCUGCUAAGCAGUCGGGAGCGCUGAUCUUCUCGCCAACCGAAGUCACCACGAUAUUGGUAUCUAAUAUUCCAUUCCAACUUAGACACUGUCCUGCGCUUGCAGGGAAGCCAGUCAAUAACCCGGCGCACAAUGCGGAGCAAAGAACCGUGAUCCUGAAGCUGGAUCCAUUCCAUGACCCUCCAGAGGACCUUCUCAUCACCCAAUUUCCCCUAUCUGAACCGUCUCACAUAUUGGUCUUGAAUAAGUUCCCCGUCAUCCCGGAUCACUUCAUAAUUGCGACGAAGGCCUUCAAACCGCAAACUGAUUUGCUCGAGAAGGAGGACCUCCUAGCAACGUUUCAAUGCCUGAAAGCAUGGCAGAAACAUGACGGACCUGAGGGAUCAAAGCGCCUGUUUGCCUUUUUCAAUUCAGGGGAACACAGUGGUGCCAGUCAACCCCACAGACAUCUACAGUUCCUACCCGUGGAACGGAUGACCCAGGCGGGUGACGAACAAUGGAAACCGUUGAUAGAUGGGAAUUCUUCUUCUGCAUACGGAGAUUUCAAUUAUCCGAACUCUUUUAAUUUGCCUUUUGCGUGUUAUGCGGUCAAUCUUCCAGGCGAGCCGUCCGCAGAUGAGCUACAUCAGUCUUACAUACAGUUAUACCGAAUGGCCGUGAGGGCGGCGCAAGGGAUAGCUGGACCUCAAUCAAAAAAUGCGGACCCCAAAAGUCUGAAAACCGAAGGCCCCUCUGUUAUCAGCUACAAUUUAUCCAUGACUACAACUCGGAUGGUCAUUUGCCCACGACGGAGCGAAUCUACAUGGAUACCCAUAGAUUCGAAGGAUCAAAAUAAGUCACGAGAAGUCGGCUUGAUUAGGCUCAACGGCACUAUUUUAGCCGGGACAUUGAUGGUCAAAGUAGAAGCUGAAUGGAAUGCUUUGAGAAAUCAACCUAGAAUUCUGGAAUCUGCCUUGAAAACGAUUGGAUUUCCAGAUCCCGAUCUUCGGUCGUAG